CCCGUGCUUCAAUAAGAAGUCUAGAAAUUUGUGCGAAUGGAUUUCCUGAAUGCACUGAUUUUUUUACUCAAGAAAACAGUACAAAUCUACGAAAUUUUAAACUUGUUAUGAGAAAAAUUGAAGAAUUCAUCAGAAAACUUCAAGAUAUCCACAAUCCCCGAUUAUUUUUUGAUCCAAAUGCUAUAAAAAAUAUAAAAAAUGAAUUUUAUGGACUCAUUACGGAAUUCGAUGGAUAUAUGGAAUUGUUAAAAUUUUUAAUAACCAUCGAAAUAAGGCAGCAAAAUAUUGACUUGAUAAAUAGAGAUAUUGAAGAAACGAGAGAGUACCUUCUAUCUAUUAUGGAAAGUGUUAAUAAAGAACAAAUAAAUAAAAUCGAAGAGAUUAAAUUAAGCGACAUAAAUAUAUCUACUAUAUCAGCAAGUUCACAAUCGUCUGAUAUUGGUAAAAAUGUUGUUGAAAAUGGUUAUGAAAGUACAAGUAAUGAUAUUGCUUUAUCCAACUUAGUAAAUAUAUCUACUAUAUCAGCAAGUUCACAAUCAUCUGAUAUUGGUAUAAAUGUUACUGAAAAUGGUUAUGAAAAUACAAGUAAUGAUAGUCAUAAUAAUAUUGCUUUAUCCAACUCAAGUUCACAAUCGUCUGAUAUUAGUAAUACACUGUUAAAUUUAGAAAUAAAUAUUACAUCCACCAUAUCG